AUGGCCAGUGCUACACCAACAACUUCAUCCUCAAAGGAGACGACAAACUAUGCCAGGUUGUGUCGUCUCCUGGUUGAUAUUGGAACCCAGGCUCUUCGAGAUACGUUAGAUGCCAUCCAUGCACCGGGAAAUUUACACUCAGUUUUGGCGGCAAACAAACGCACCUUACAAUCGCUCAGAGCAAAGAAGAUUAUUAAUCCAAUACAAUGGGGAAAACUUUUUCCUGCUAUCCUUACUGCAGUAUCCUCACGUGACUUUGACACGACCCUCCUGAUGGUUCUGCUUCGAAACUUGUGCGGUUUAACUGCUCCGCCGACCGGCUGGGACAAAUUACCCGCUGUAACAGACCUCAGCAGGGAAGCGGACAUUGCUCGAGUUAAGUAUUUUAGGAACACUGUGUAUGGUCACGCUGAGAAAGCUUCUGUCGAUGACAUCAGUUUCAAUAACUUCUGGCGUGACAUCCGGGACACUCUCGUCAGACUGGGAGGAGUUACUUAUCAAGAUGCUAUUGAUAAACUUAGAAACGAGACCAUGGACCCUGAUAUUGAAGAUCACUACGUGAAGCUCCUGAGUGAGUGGAAAAAGGACGAAAGUAAUGUUAAAGAAGAGCUAGGCGAGAUGAGGAAAAUUCAGGAGGAACUGUUACAUGCGCAGAAGGAAAUAUUACAUACUUUGACAUCAUCGAGAGAAGUUGUUGACCAAGGUAAGAUCUCUCACAAGUACGCAUUCGACACGUAAUAUUUGACUUCGUUCAUAUAUUACUUAGUUCCCCCAAUUCAAUCUAUUUUGUUGUUCCACUUCACCGCUCCCACCAAAAUAUUAGUGAGAAAGUGAUCUUAUGUUUUGUUCAUUUACUCAGCAAUGAAUUAGAAAAAUUUACAAUGCGUCCAUAAUUCUAUAAAGCCACUCAUUAAGAAGUAAAUAUUGAUCAAAUAAGAGUUGAACGUUAGUCCAGGUUCUGUUCCAAAUUAAACGGACGUCCUACGUUCCCCUUCCUUCCCCCCUCCCCACAAAAAAAAAUUCCUCUUCCCCGCCUUUGCCUUUUACAUCGGCAAUGUGAUCAUCGUCACUCUCCCUUACCUUGUUCUUUCUCGAAAAGCUGCUGUUAAUUCACCCCACUCUGGACUGUCAAAAUGUUCUGCUUGCUGAUUUUUCGGGAAUGUGUUGUGCUCGGAGCCUCCUCUCUUGAUUGUGCCGUUAUUAAGACUCAUUGUCGGGCCACGACAGUGUUUGAAAUUUUUUAGACAAAAGGUGAGGUUGUGAAAUCAUUUAUUUGUGUUAUUAUUUUUCAUUUUAGGCACAGUUACGGCGCAACAUGACGUUCCUUUUAAAGUCGUCCCCAUGAAUCUUAGCGCUGAAAAACUGGAGAAAUUCAAACGGCAUUUUAGGGAGGACAUUUUAAUGUUCAUGGACAACAACGAACUUUCUCCAACUGGAGGAAUAGGUGAAUUCCUUAAGUAUAUAGAAAACAUUUACAAACUGCGCACAGAGGCAUUAGGUUAUGGCUGCAUAGAAAUACGAGUGCAAUGCCACAAUCUGGAGAGCCUGGAAAGACUGUGGAAAGACUGCAACCAUGGCGACCUCAACAGAAUGGCUGAAAGAUACCUGGUAACGACUGAACUUAAAAAGGAACUUGAUCUGAAAGCUUUAAGAUUAAGUAUUAAGAUUAAUGAAGAGGACUACUUGGCAUGCAAGGAGUCUUUCCUGGAGGUU